AUGCUCAUAACCUCAGCAAUGCAGGGAACCUGUCUGAAGAAGAAAUGGAAACCAUGCUGGGCCUUAGAACCAUAUAGGAAGACUCCAAUUAUGAGUGAUUUGAAUAUCUUGAUUUUGGUUGGAGUCCUGAGGUUGGAUGACCAGAUGUUCGUUAAUAUUGCCCUUAACAAACCAGCCCAACUGCAGCACCGGCUGAUCCUAAAUGACAACACAAGCAAUGCGCGUAAUGCUGUAGAUGGGCGAAAAUCUGACCUAACAUGGGAUGGGGGUCAAUGUUCUGCAUCAGCUGGCAGAGAAACCGCAACCUGGUGGGUGAAUCUGACAGACAUUCGAAGCAUUCAUCACAUAACCAUCUAUUAUAUGGUGGGACAAAGACCAUGGGGUGCAUCGAAUCUCUUCACACCGUCCUUUCUGGGACUCUCAGUGUAUAUAUCCAACACAACAGAUAAAUUAGAAGGAACUCUGUGUUUCAAGAACAACAUUUUUACACUAGAUACCAUACCUGCUAAUCUCACCAUCACGUGUCCUAUACAUGGACAAUAUGUCAUAUACUACAACGAGCGAUUGUCCGGUGAAACCUACCCAAAGGAUUAUUCUCCAUUCGCUCAGAGUGACCUUUGUGAAGUUGAAGUGUAUGGAUGCCCUAAAACUGGAUACUAUGGAAAUAACUGUUUAAUAUCCUGUCCAGAUGUAAACUGUCAGUACUGUCACAUAGAGACGGGCACCUGUCAGGGCUGUAAACCUGGGUACCGAGGUCAUCACUGUGAAUCAGUUUGCCCCUAUGGAUUUUUUGGACAAAAUUGUGCAAAGAGAUGUAAUGAAACAUGUACAUGCUGUAAUAACGUCAACGGCAGUUGUGAGUUUGGUUGUAUUGAAGGUUGGAGGGGAUAUUUAUGUCAUGAAGGUAGUGAUAAUUCAGGUACUUUUGUGCCUGGCCUAUCAUUUUAAUAUAAUGUCUUUUGCAUUAUGCGUUAUGUGUUUCAUUUAUGUUUUUCAUUUUUCAAACUUUCUACACACAGUGAACUAAUAUACUAUGAAUAUGAAAUUAAAUUAUACAUGGUUAUAUAUCUGACAUUUAGCGAUAGAGAUGUAUAUUUUAACCGCUUCACAGAGAAAAGAAAACUGCGAAAAAGAACUGUUUGAUAAAGCGAUCAAUAUUUUUUACAAUGAUGCCACACGACACCCAUGGCAGAUGGCUAACUGGUUUUAAGAUGUAUCAUCGGUAUUUUAACCUUAGCAGACUAGCUGAAAUCAUUUUUAACAAUGAGCACAUGGAAACCACUCAUUUCUGUUUCGGACGCAUGUAUUUUACCAACGAUUAGAGACUAGCUUUCUUAUAAAUACUUUUAAGUUUUUGUUUUUCAAAUUGCAUGCUUUUUAUUGCAGGGUCUUAUGUUUUCAGCAACGUGUUCUAUGUCUGUUAAUUACUUUCAUAUCUGUUCUUCUUAACAAUCUGUUUGUGAUGGUAGGUAGAUGACUAUGUUUUACGAGGCCGGGUCUAAUUUGUUCUGUCCUUGAUAUUUUAAUGACAUUUUUUACAUGCAUUUCACUUACAAAAAUAUUAUUUUAAGAUGAAAAAAUCAGAAAUUUACAACAUAAAAUGUUUAAGGGUCAUCUCAAAGUUGAUUACUUUUUGGCAUACGACCCUGUGGGAUUUUGCUUGAAAUCUAUUAAUUUUGUUCAUUUUUCCAUUUUUUAAAAAAGUCUGCCUUAGCAUUUUUUUUCUGUUCUACAUAUGAAAGUUAUUGCUAAAAGGCAUCAACGGGGCAAAUUAAAAAAAACAAAAACUUUUAGCUUCUGGUUUGUUCCUGGGGUCUUAUCAAAGUUGGUUUAUUUUUGUAUUACCAAUUUCCCAUAUUUGUCAAACAAUGGCUAUUGUUUAUUUGACAAAGGCGGAAAUGGUAAACUUAAUAGUAUUAUUAAAAUAUUCAGACAUAUUUAAGUAAUAACUAAAUAUAUAACAUCACAUAAUAAUGGUCAUUAAAAGAAAAUAAAUGGUUACUGUCUUAAAAUACAUGUAUUAAGAUAUAUGUAGGCGGGGUAAGAAAGACAUGACAGAGGGUUAUGCUUACUGAACCCGCUUUAUGUUUUCGACCCGAGCCCAAGUAUACAGUGCUGCUAUCCUGAAAGUUGACAAGGAUAGGAUAGGAUAGGAUGUAUGAUACAUGAUAGAAAUAUAAAAGUUAAGUUCUAUCCUAUUAUAUCCUGCAUCCUGUAGCCAAUCAGAUUCGAGUAUAAAUUUCAGAAUUAUUUUGCGAAACGAAAAUUGGCUUAACAAUGUAUUUUCAAUGUCAAUUUAAUACGUUUUACAAGUUAAACCAUUUAAGAAUAAUUCUUAUAUCAAGAACGCGGUGCAUAACAUUGAUGCGCGCUAAAAUGUCGGUGCUACAUCUUUGUCAAUUCGUACGCAAGUACGGAGUUACUGCGACAAUUCGAUGCAACAUUUGACAACAUCAGAAAUAGAUUUCUGUAUUUACUUCAUUUGAAGUCUGCAAAGUAAUUAAAGCUUGAAUUUAUAAAGGACCAAUCCGGCAUUUUAAAAGAUAAUCCAUUGUCACAAUAGAAAUUAUGCCAAUGACAUUUUUUUAUUAUAAUUGGUUCUAUAUUUAUCUACUAUAUUUAAUGUUAGAGUUAUCGUUUAUAGAUCUAACUUAUCGUUCAUUUAUUUACGCUUUAUUGGUUACUGGGUUGUUCCGCUCUCGAUGUUACUAUAUUUAGAUUGGGAUUCUCUUCGAA